AUGUCGAAUAAUUCCUCAAGAGUUAAUAAGAUGGUGAGUGGAGCAAGUAAUUGUGAGAAUACAAUCAGUCAAAAUAACAGAAAAACAUUGCAAACUAAAGCUAGCACAUCAGACUUAUUCGUAGAAACUGUAGACAGGGAAAAGAGAAGGAAUUCCAUUGCUGAAGAGAAACUUCUUUCUGAAAACGAAACUUUGAGACAAGAAAAAGUUGAUCUGUUGGGAAGAAUCAGAGAGCUUGAAGAGAAGCAGAACAAGAGUGAUGAACUUAUUCGAAAGUUAGAAUUGGAACUGGCCUCUUUCAGAAAUAGAGAAUCAAUGGAAGUUACUGAUUCAAAAACUGAACUAAUCCUUAAUGAGAUUACUAACUUAUCUGCCAGAAAUCAAGAUAUGAUUUUUAAUUACAUGCUUGAGAUUAUUCCAAAUGAGAAUGAUUCCGAAUCUGAACUAUUCAUUUCUCUCCUAUCAAAAUCUGUUUACAAAUUAGAACCUGUUGAUGAAAGACAGCAAAUUAGCAUGGCAUGGGAUAAGUUUAACUCCUCAAUUAUGAAACGUUUACCAAACUGCUACAAAUUAUUAAUAGAAAACAAAGUUUACAAAGACAAAUUCUUUGAAAUUUUGAAGAAUUGUCAAAGAAUUAGUGAUUUAUGUGAACAGUCACGAAUUCCAAAGAUUAGAAUGGAGUGGGGUUCGUCUAAAGCAGGAAUGGAGUGUAUCUGCCCAGGAAUAAUGGCUGCCAAUAGAGUAAUAGUCGAUAGCAUUUAUUCUAAAUAUUUCUAA